GCUCCCCCAAAGAAUCCCCACCUGGAACCAUCUCGCCGCUGCGAUUUUGCCACAAUUUUCCCCCAAAUUCUCCCAAACUCUUUCCGCCGCUGUGUUUGUGGGUAAGCGUUCAUGCAAAUGAGAGACACGCUGAGUGGCACCAUCCCUCCCCGCCCUGCCCGGGCUGCCCGUGCCGGUGCCUGACUGCGGGGCGGGGAGCAGCCCGACGGGGCGAGGAACCGGGACCCUCCUCCCGAACCCCAUUCCUUGUUGGGGGGCUCGGGCACCCCCGUCCCCAGGGGCCGUUACCCGCUCCCUCAUCGCCCCGUGAGGGACCCGGCCCUGUGUCCCUGCACCCCCGGCGUGAGGCCCUUUCCCCGCCGCGGGCUCGGCCUCUGCCGCCCGUGAGCUGCCGGUGCUGCCGGGGAGGAACGGGCGCCCCGCGGGGUCCCGGGUCCGGCCAUGGACUUGGCCUACGUCUGCGAGUGGGAGAAAAAGCCGAAGAGCAACCACUGCCCUUCCAUCCCCUUGGUGUGCGCCUGGUCCUGCCGAAACCUCAUCGCCUUCACCACCGACCUCCGGAACGAGGAGGAGAAAGAUCUCACCCACAUGGUCCACAUCAUAGACACUGAGCAUCCCUGGGAUGUCUAUUCUGUCAACUCUGGCCACACAGAGGUCAUCACAUGCUUGGAAUGGGAUCAAUCAGGCUCCCGGCUGCUCUCAGCAGAUGCAGAUGGACACAUCAAGUGCUGGAGCAUGACUGACCACCUGGCCAACAGCUGGGAGAACACGGUGGGCAGCGUGGUGGAAGGGGACCCGGUGGUGGCCCUGUCCUGGCUGCACAACGGCGUGAAGCUGGCACUGCACGUGGAGAAGUCUGGAGCAUCCAACUUUGGGGAGAAGUUCUCCCGGGUGAAGUUCUCCCCGUCGCUGACGCUGUUUGGGGGGAAGCCCAUGGAGGGCUGGAUCGCUGUCACCAUCAGCGGGCUGGUCACCGUCUCCCUCCUCAAGCCCAACGGGCAGGUCCUGACCUCCACCGAGAGCCUCUGCCGCCUGCGCUGCCGCGUGGCCCUGGCAGACGUGGCCUUCACGGGUGGGGGGAACAUCGUGGUGGCCACGUCCGAUGGCAGCAGCACCUCCCCGGUCCAGUUCUACAAAGUCUGUGUCAGCGUGGUGAACGAGAAGUGCAAAAUCGACACCGAGAUCCUGCCCUCCCUCUUCAUGCGCUGCACCACAGACCCUGCCCGCAAGGACAAGUACCCAGCAAUCACCCACCUCAAAUUCCUGGCACGGGACAUGUCCGAGCAGGUGCUGCUUUGUGCUUCCAACCAAAACAGCAGCAUCGUGGAGUGCUGGUCCCUGCGGAAAGAGGGCUUGCCAGUCAAUAACAUCUUCCAGCAAAUCUCCCCUGUGGUUGGAGACAAGCAGCCCAUGAUCCUGAAGUGGAGGAUCCUCUCUGCCACCAACGACCUGGAGCGGGUGUCGGCCGUAGCGCUGCCCAAGCUGCCCAUCUCCCUGACCAACACUGACCUGAAGGUGGCCAAUGACACCAAGUUCUUCCCCGGGUUGGGUCUGGCUCUGGCGUUCCAUGAUGGCAGUGUCCACAUCGUUCACCGCCUGUCCCUGCAGAUGAUGGCUAUCUUCUACAGCUCCUCCUCCCAGCGCCCCGUGGACGAGCAGACCAUCAAAAGGCAGAGAACUGCUGCUCCCCUGGUGCACUUCAAAGCCAUGCAGCUCUCCUGGACCUCUCUGGCCUUGGCUGGCAUCGACAGUCACGGGAAGCUGAGCAUGCUCCGCAUCUCCCCCUCCAUGGGCCACGUGCUGGACAUGAACAUGUCCCUCCGUCACUUGCUGUUCCUGCUGGAGUACUGCAUGGUCACUGGCUACGACUGGUGGGACAUCCUGCUCCACGUCCAACCCAACAUGGUCCAGAACCUGGUGGAGAAGCUGCACGAAGAGUACAUGAGGCAGAACGCGGCCCUGCAGCAGGUCCUCUCCACACGCAUCGUGGCCAUGAAGGCUUCUCUCUGCAAGCUCUCCUCCAGCACCAUUGCCCGGGUGUGUGAUUACCAUGCCAAGCUCUUCCUCAUUGCCAUCAGCUGCACCCUGAAGUCUCUGCUGCGCCCACACUUCCUCAACACCCCGGACAAGAGUCCCGGGGACCGGCUCACCGAGAUCUGCUCCAAGAUCACAGACAUAGACAUUGACAAAGUGAUGAUUAACCUGAAGACAGAGGAGUUUGUCCUGGAGAUGACCACCUUGCAAUCGCUGCAGCAGCUCAUCCAGUGGGUGGGAGAUUUUGUGCUCUACCUGCUGGCCAGCCUUCCCAACCAGGGCUCUCCCGUGCGCCCUGGGCACAGCUUCCUGCGGGAUGGAGCCUCCCUGGGAAUGUUCAGGGAGCUGAUGGUGGUGAUCCGUAUCUGGGGGCUGCUGAAGCCCAGCUGCCUGCCCGUCUACACAGCCACCUCUGACACCCAGGACAGCAUGUCCCUCCUUUUCAGGCUCCUCACCAAGCUCUGGCUCUGCUGUCGUGAGGAAAAUCACAUAACUGAGCCAGAUGACACCCUGAUAGAUGAAUGUUGUCUCCUGCCCAGCCAGUUGCUCAUUCCCAACAUUGACUGGCUGCCCAUCAACGAUGGCAUUAUCAGCAAGCUGCAGAACAAGCAGCUCGUCAGGCUGCAGUUUGGGAAAGCUCCCGGGCUCGUUGGUCACACAGUGUCCUCACAGUUUGAUGCCUUUGUCAGGGCCCCUGGACAGCCCAAAAUCGACCACCUGAGGCGGCUUCACCUCGGGGCAUAUCCAACAGAGGAGUGCAAGUCCUGCACCAGGUGUGGUUGUGUCACCAUGCUGAAGUCACCCAACAAGGUGACAGCAGUGAAGCAGUGGGAGCAGCGCUGGAUCAAGAACUGCCUCUGUGGGGGGCUGUGGAGGAGGAUGCCCCUCAGCUACUCCUGAGCCCCCCCUGACCACCCGCCUGCCCUGGAGGUGUGUGGGACAAAGGGACAGCAGCUGCUGCCUGCAGGGAUCUUUCUGCCAGGGAGAGGGGAGGGAGAGGUCUUGACAAGGAAGAGCCAGAAGGCUUUUCCAUCACUGCCUUGGGGAGGGCACUCACCUGGUGUCCCCGGGUGCCCUGGUGUCCCCAGGCUGAGCUACCAGCUCAGCCCUUGCCUGGGGAGGGGGUGGUGAUGGGGGGGCUGUGGGUCAGCAACAUCCCUGGCAAAUGGGGACCAAAUACCAGCUCCUUCCCCUAAACUCCCCUGGGAGGGAGGGAGUCUUCACCCUCACCCCGGGCUGGGUUUGAGCAGAACUGUCCCCUCCUGGGAUGGGAGUGUGGAGCAAACCCCUGCUCAGAUCUCACUGAACCAGCAGCGGUUUUGUAAAUAAAAGUUUCUUUGUUUUGUA